AUGCCUUUGUUUAGCAAAUCAUACAAAAACCCUGCUGAGAUUGUGAAAUCUCUGAAAGAAAACAUGGCCAUAUUGGAGAAGCAGGAUAAAAAAACAGACAAGGCAUCCGAAGAAGUUUCCAAAUCACUCCAAGCGAUGAAGGAGAUUCUGUGUGGGGCCACGGACAAGGAGCCGCCGACGGAGGUUGUGGCUCAGCUAGCACAAGAAUUGUACAACAGUGGCCUCCUGGUCAGCCUCAUAGCCAACUUGCAGCUGAUAGACUUUGAGGGCAAAAAGGAUGUCUCCCAAAUAUUCAACAACAUCUUAAGAAGGCAGAUUGGAACUCGGAGUCCCACGGUGGAAUACGUUAGUGCCCAUCCACAUAUCCUGUUCAUGCUGCUCAAAGGAUACGAAGCACCCCAGGUUGCCUUACGUUGUGGAAUAAUGUUGAGAGAAUGUGUUCGGCACGAGCCUUUGGCCAAAAUCGUUCUCUUCUCGGAUCAGUUCAGAGAUUUCUUCCAAUACGUGGGGAUGUCAACCUUUGACAUAGCUUCUGACGCUUUCGCUACUUUUAAGGACUUGCUAACAAGACACAAAGUGCUGGUAGCAGAAUUAUUAGAACAAAAUUAUGACAUGUUCUUUGAUGAUUAUGAAAAGCUGCUUAAUUCUGAGAAUUACGUAACAAAGAGACAAUCUCUAAAGCUGCUGGGCGAGUUGAUCCUGGACCGACAUAACUUUGCCAUCAUGACCAAGUACAUCAGCAAACCGGAGAACCUGAAGCUGAUGAUGAACCUGCUGCGUGACAAGAGCCCCAACAUCCAGUUCGAGGCCUUCCAUGUCUUCAAGGUCUUUGUGGCCAGCCCAAACAAGUCACCUGCCAUUGUGGACAUCCUGUUGAAAAACCAGCCCAAGCUCAUCGAGUUCCUGAGCAACUUCCAGACGGAGAGGGCAGACGACGAACAGUUCACGGACGAGAAGAACUACCUGAUCAAACAGAUCCGAGAUCUGAAAAAGCCGGCUCCGUGAGGGUCUCCUUUUCCGGUCUUCUAACGAAAGCCUUGAUCUCGUUCUGUCCGUGUCGUUUGGGUAAGGGUGGGGGUGAUGCACAGUGCGCUGUCAAAGUGCCACUUUUUUCUAUGCUAAAGCCAGUAUCUAGAGUGGUAGCCAAUUUUACACAGCUAUGCGGUCCCAGAAUUAUAUCUUUUAAUCAAGCCUAUGAUUGUCAGUCAGACGUGAUCCUUAUUCUCCCGCUGGCUGGAGGCCGCUUUGCUACUACUUUAACAAGACCAGGUGAUCGGUCCGUGCAACCUUAAAGCUCCUACUUUGGGUGACUGUCUUUUGCAUUGUCGGUAUGGUGUUGUGCGCUCUGCCCCCUCUGUGGUAGUGCAGUUUGAAGCCAAGGAAAUAAGGGCGAGAUUUUACUUUGCGUUCUUUCCUAGUUGGUGUAAACGAUUUCUGUGCUCUCACCUCCUCUGCACAGCCGAGAGUUUUCUCCUCACUGUUCCAGUUCACUUUUUUGUGGAUCGACGCGACACUUCUGAGAGGGGGAGGGGGAGAUGCACAGAAUCAGGGACAGAUCCUCUUAGGAUGUAGAUUGGUCGGACUUUUAAACAGGCGAUCGCCUGGAUAAGAAUUAGUCCUGUCUCUUUUUCUCUCCGUGGGGACCAAAUAGCCCCCUUCAGUGAAGACGAAGUAGGCCCAACUGUUGUACUAUAGAGUUUCUCAUUGAGGUUGUGUGUGUUUUCAUAUUGAAUAUUGUGGCCGAUGGAUAGAAAUUGCUCAUGGGACAGGCGAGAAAUAGCCGUUGAGCAAGGGUUGAGCAGUUCAGCUGAUUUAUGGCAGGCGAGGCAGGACAGGAGCAGCAACGGGCUUUGUAAGAAGGGCAUGGGGGGGCUACGCUAAUGAGCACUUUGUUUUUUAGGGAGAGGGGACCGAGAUGUGGAUGCUGUACUCGCCUGGCCUAACAGGGAUGCCUCCUCCCUCUCCCCCACAUGAAAGCAACCAUUUUGAGCCUGUUUCUUACUUUAGACUUUAUAUGGGAAAAUAUUAACCAUUUUUGAGUGUGUAAUCUGAACGUUAAGAAUGUGAAUCCAGCUUUGUAAAAGGCUGAUUUUAGAAAAAAUCAUUGCACUGUAAUGUUUGUGAUUAAUAAUAAUAAUAAAAAAUGU